AUGGCUAAAUUGAUGGAUAGCAAGUUCAACGACGGUGAUGCCGGAGUGAUCAAAGCCAAAACCAGAACGUGUUCUAUGAAAGAAGGCCUUCGACUGCCACACGAAUAUUGUCGGUCAACACACGGCGGGAUGGCUUCCGCCGGCGAAGUCUUGUUGCCACACCAACUCUGUAAAUCAACCGGCAUCAGCAGGUUUUCCGAAGGUGGCCAUGCAAUCAACCGCCCAGUUAGUCAAAAGAAAGACAAAAACCUCAUGUUGCCUCAUGAAUUUUUUGGCAGCAAUGGGAGCCGUAUUGCCGGAGAAGAAAUCCUGUUGCCUCAUCAACCGUGCGAAUCAGUCGGCAGCAGCUGGUUUUCCGAUGAUGAAAUCAAGCGUAAAAUUAGUGCUAAGAUAGACAACACCGUUGUUUUGCCUCAUGAAGCCGUUGGCCGCGAUAGGAGUAGGAUUGCCGGUGAAGAAGUCAUGUUGCCGCAUCAACUGUGUGAAUCAACGGGCGGCGGCAGGUUUUCCGAUCGUGCAAGUAAACACGAUAAUACUCCAAAGAAAGACAAAACCAUCACAGAAGAAUUCAGUGACAGGUGUCAAUCAAGAUGCAGCGGAGGUGAGAACAUCUUGUUACCCCAUGAAUUACUCGGGAACAAAACCGAUGUUUCAGAUUCUGCAAUCAAACUCUCCAUCAGUAACAAGAAUGAUCAGAAUCUCCUCUUGCCAUGUAAUCUUUCGAUAGAGAUGAAGAUCCCAGAUGGAAACUUUUCUAAGGAUAUGAUCAUGCUUUCCGUGAAUCUUGCAGGAACUGCAAUUGAGCUUUCUUUGGGUAGAUAG